AUGGCGCUGCUACCUCGAGGCCAGCCCUGGCCGCCCAUCGCACCAGACGUCGACUUUGAGACCAUCAAAGAGGACUUGGUCCAAGAGAUAGUGACUGGAAACGCCACGAUAUACGGCCUCAAUAGUCGACCAUCUCUCGUCUUCAAGUACCAGGGGACGCCUCGAGAAUAUGAGCUGCAAAAGGCCGCUGGAGACUGCGCAAUCCAGGUGCGUGGAAGGGUCUUGGCCCAGGCAGGUUCCAAUAUCUACUGCUACGGCUUCCUCAUGGAUAGAGGCCUCCCCAUCAAUCCCUUGGCACCCAUGACUCCGCAGCAACGCCGUGAUUACGUUCACCAAAUGGUACAUCAGACAGAACUGCUUCAUUCCAAGGGCAUCGUACAUGGGGAUUUGAAGCUAGGAAACAUGCUGAUCUUCGGCGGCAUCCGCUUCUGCGAUUUUGCCGACGGGCGUUACGUGACUGAAGCCGAAAAAAAGUGGGCCGGGAACACGACUUGGUACAUUGAGUCGCCCAACAGGCAUCAUAGGGCGGAAAAGCUCGGAUGCGAGACGGUGCCGCCUACCAAGGAGGAUGAUUUGUUUGGCCUCGGUUUGAGCAUCUGGCAGUUGUAUACCGGCAAGACCCCCCAUGAAGACCUAGUCUGGGACUCCGAGGCUCUCAAAACGUUGGGAUUGAACAGACAGACUGUUGACGUGAAACAAGUGAAGGAUGACGAGGUACGCAACAAGAUCAUAGAGCUUCUUCGGAUUGGAGGAGCCCACAUCUCGUGA